ACAAAACAAGUAGAGCAAAAUUUACUUCUAUACAUACCACAGGAACAAAAACCUUUGUUGAAAUACGAUAUGAAGAGAUGAUGAAAAAUAUUGAUGGAAGAGAGCCAUCUCGUGCAGAAAUGUUCAUCAUGACACAUAAGCCUAAAAAUGAGGAAACCAAAGAGAUUAUUUCAAAGCUUGAGGAUGCAAUUUCUUCGCAUUCAAUAGAACCAGAGAAAAACUCAACCCGAGAUGAUGUAUUUUCCCAAGUCUUUGGAAAAGAUCGACAUGGUUAUGUGCGCACAUAUGGAAAAGGGGUUUCACCUUUCGAUCUAUGGGGAUCUAACUCCCGAGUUGGAAUACAAAAAUUAAUUGAUGAAGUUCAAAGGAAUGCUCAGGUUGAACUACAAAGCAUGAAAAACAGAAUGCAAGAGGAAAUGGAAAUAAAGCUAAAAGAGCAAGUGAAGGAGCAAGUGGAAACCAAACUAAAAGAGCAACUAGAAGCAAUGAAAGUUGAGCUUCUAAACAACUUCAAAAUCGCUUUUACUCAAAUCCCAAGUUAUGCUCCAGAAGUAAUGGUUUCAAAUUUGAAUAAAGAGGAGGUGGACAUUGAAGAUGAUCCAACAUUGAAGAUGAUGGAUAAUGAUGACAACAUCUCUCAUAAAGUUAUUGAAGAUCCUACAAGUGAGCUCCUAGAGAAAAAUGCACAUGCCUUGAUCUUUCCAUUCACUCAUACUAGCCCCAGGAGAAAAAAUGAAAAAGUGCAUAAAACUAACACCAAGUUAACUAAGAGGUUAUUAUCAUAUUUUUUCUUUAUUUUUCUUUUAUAUUAUCUAUCAAUUAAUUUUGUUAAUAAUAUUUUGGAACAUAUCUUACUAUUUCUUUUAUCCAGGAAAUUAGAAGAUCUUAAUGUUGAAAUUGUCACACUUGAUAAAUAUCUUAGCAUUCUCAAACAUCCAUCCAAUGCCUUUGAGCUUUUCUUGCAAGAAUUUGCAAACAACUAUAAAGAAACAAAAGUUGAUUUAGACAAUUUUGAAAGGGAAUUAGAGUCUUAUUUCAAUGCAGCAACUAAACUCAAAAGAAAAUUACAUUUGAGUACAUUAAAGGAAAGUGUUGUUGAAGGAAAAGAAAUAGGAAAAAGAGAGCGGAAACCUAAAAUUCAUUUUGACGGGACUGACGUAAAAAUAUUGAAACAAGAGAAAUCUCACAAGUUUGCUAAAUGA